AUGAACGCCGAGACCUGCGUUUCAUACAGCGACAUGACAUCCAUGGAUUCAUAUUAUAGCCCCUCUGCAGCGCAAGGUAGGGAUCACCAGACGGACCACUUUAGGACAUUCCCAGCCACUGACACCAAAUACAGUCCCACUGCCUUCCUGCCCAACAAAGGUCAGGCUUACGGAGAAAAGUCCCGGAGCCCCUUCCAGCAGGAGUGCCAGUCAUUGGAUGCCGCCGCAGCUGGGCAAGGCACUUUCAGUAAAUACCACCUGUUUAUGCAGAGGUCUUCUUGCAAAACACCCCCCGAGGACGGCAAACUGCACCAGGAGAGAGGACACAACGGAGCGCUCAUCCCGUGCUAUGGUGAAGUUUCAGACUCGCCUCUCCUCACUAACCGAAGGGCAAAAUGGAGAAAGAGGGAGCGUUUUGGUCAGAUGCAGCAGGUCCGAACACACUUCUCAACAGCUUAUGAGCUGCCUCUUCUGACACGUCCUGAGAACUACGCACAGAUUCAGAACCCCUCUUGGAUCGGAGGCAGCAGUGCAGCAUCCCCUGUGCCGGGCUGUGUUGUGCCCUGCGACACUGUGACUCCCUGUAUGACCCCUCACCCCCACUCUGCCAGCGGGGUGUCUGAUUUUCUGGGUGUACCGAGCCCUGGAGGUCACGUGGGGCAGGCUCACAUGGGCAGCCUGUUUGGAGGAUCUCCUGGCAUGGCUGCAGGCAUCAACACGUAUGAUCUCAACAUGGACCCAGACCGCAAGUCUUCCAGUAUUGCUGCUUUGCGCAUGAAGGCCAAAGAGCACAGUGCAGCCAUAUCUUGGGCCACAUGA